AGCGGGGCAGGAGAAGGGGCGGGCAGCGUCGGAUCCCGCGGAAGCCUCGCUUUCCCCGAGCCCCUUUCCUUUGCUUCUGCUCUGGGUCCUUCCCGGCCAGGCGGAGAGGAGAACGCCCGCCCCCCGCGGGGCCGCCAGGGGAACAUCUGGGCGGCCGCGGCGCAAACAUCUGGAGCGGCCGCGGCGCAUCCCCGGGGGCCGCAGCUGGAGGGUCCUGCCCCCGGCGCUGCCCGGGCCGGCAGCGAGACCCCCGGAGGAAGGGGAAGGAAGGCGGAGAAGGGGCUGCGAGGGAGGGCGCGGCACAGGGAAAAGGGGUAAAAGGGAAGCUAACCUAGCUCUUCCAGAAGCAAUUGAGAAGCCUUCUGAGUAUCCAGGUGGCAUGUAGGAUUUCUUCACAGCACUUGCAAGUCUUGCCUUGGACCCCACAAAAGUGGAGAUCAGAAAUCAAACUGGUAAAUGUUACAAAACAUCUCUCCCCGAACCAUCGGAGGAUAUUUAAAUCAACCGUCUGAGUCUAUUUCUUGCCUGCCUUUCAUGCUUCUGAUGGUGUAAGAUAAUUUUCAGGUUAAAAAGGCAGCUCUUAAUAGCCACAAAAACGCACACCUUUUCCUGGGUGCUCACUUGGAAGCCUCCUUUUUCAGUGGAAUCCCAUGUUAUCUUCUGACCCCAAGGAGUAAGAUGCAGCCUGAACAGAGGAAUGAACAACCCAGGUGGCUUCAACCUACCAGACAUCUGCUGGGAACUUCCCUAGUACGGCAGAGAAGAUGCAGUCCAGGAGGUUCUUAGAGUGUGUGGAGGACAACUUUUUGUCACAGCUGCUGGGUAUUGCCUAGCAGAAAACCAUGGGCAAUUUCAAAGGGCAUGCCCUCCCUGGAAGCUUUUUCCUUCUUUUUGGCUUGUGGUGGUCAGUGAAGUAUCCACUGAAGUACGCCUGUCGAAAAAACAAGAACGCUUGCUACCUUGGCUCCAGGGCAGGAUUCCAGCGCCUGGAGUUUGUUGAGGGCAUCAUCAAAGCUGUCUUUGCCCUCAUUGGGAUGGUGGCUGAGCAGUUUGUUCCUGAUGGACCUCAUCUGAAGCUGUACAACUACGAGAAGAAGCACUGGGAUCACUUGAUGAACUGGCAGCAUGCCACCAUGUACCUCUUCUAUGGCAUUUCAGGGCUGGUGGACAUCGUGGCUCACGGGACCAACGCGCUGCCAGCGGCCAUGGACAGGAUGAUGCUUUCCGUAGCAGUCUUCAUUGAAGGUUUUCUCUUCUGCUACCAUCUUCAUGGGAGAGCCAUGCUGGAUGUUCAUGUUCAUCAGUUACUGCUAUUCGCUAUCUUUGGAGCUGCUGCAUGCAUAUUUUUGGAAGUUUUUUUCCGUGGCAGUAUUGUGCUAGAGAUGCUCCGUACAAGCCUCUGCAUAUUACAAGGCAGCUGGUUCUGGCAGAUUGGCUUUGUGCUUUAUCCUCCAAAUGGAAGCCCAGAGUGGAAUCAGACAGAUCACACUAACAUGAUGUUCCUGACCAUGUGCUAUUGCUGGCAUUAUGCUUUUGCUUUUCUUAUACUUGCAGUGAAUUACACAAUUGUCAGCUGGGCGGUCCGUUCAAAGGUUAAGCAGUCCCAGUCCAUGGAAAUGGGUUUACUGAAAACAUCUGAACGAGAUCACGAGUCAGAAGAAGAAAUUUAGCAUGAGUACGUCUUGACCAGUUUGCCCACUCCAACCAUUAGGCUAAUUGAUACCUCAUUUCUACAUUUUUUUGCCAUCUUAUUCAUUCUUUACUAUGACCUGCUUUGCAAAUAUCAAUCCCCUAUGAUGUCUACAUCUACACAGUUGUUUUUGUUUUUUGGUUUUUUUGGUUUGUUUUUUUUUUUGUGAAGGGUAAGCUUGAUAUUGAUUCAUGGUGGUUGCACUAGUACAUUGUUUAUCACAUGCUUCACAGAAAAUCAGACUUGUAAUAGACAGACUCGACGUGGAUGACGUGGCACAAUGAAGUCUGUAUGUUUGCCUUAUUAAAAGCUAAGCAAAAUGUUUUUCAGCCGCUGCUGGACAUGAAGUUUCCAUAAUCAGGGUGUCUAAAUAUGUGUGUUGGUUGCCCUGCAAGUACCUGUGGAUGAAUAACUGUGCAGACCUGGAUAACAGUAAAACAAGAUAAAGAAA